AUGGCAGAUGGUAUGAAUACAAGAGAUGGUAUGGGACCAUCACAUGGUCCUGCAUUUAAAAUAUAUCGGAGAGCAAAAUUUCUUAUGGAUCCAAUCCUUCACCUACAAUCAAAUGAAGUGCAGAGUGAAUUUUUUAAAAAACAGGUCAAAGGAUCCAACCUUGAUGAUUCAGAAAAAAAUUACCUUUAUAACUUAAUCGAUAAAGAGCUUGAUAACAAAAAUGUUUUAGAAAAU